AUGCCACGCUCCUUUUUGGUGAAGCAGCUGAAGGUUCAUGAUUUCUCCUCUUCCAACUACCACCAUCAGAACCAGCAUCCCUUGGAUGAAUCUUACAGUGUGACACAUGCCAUCACAGAGUCCGCCACCAACUUGGCCGUCUGUUUAAGCGAAAAUGGCUACAUCCAAGAUUACAUCAUCCCUUCCAUGUGCCAGAGCACAAAGGAACCAGGCUCCAAACAGCAGCAGAUUGGGCUCUCCUCAGGGCCCCUGUAUUCCCCGGGGAGCAUGGGGGGCAGCGGAGGGGAGGAGUUUUCUGACCAUGAUAUGGAGCAGCCAGACAGUCCCAUCUCCAGUGCCACGGCAGAGUGCGAAAGCAGCAGCCUGCUGAGCCCCGAGCCUGAGGGCUGCACCACGGUCAAUGCCUUCCUCAUCUCUGAUGGUCGAUCUCACCGCAGGACCAACCAGCGGUGUCCCCGUAAGGGGGGAAGCCAAUCAGACCGCACCGACAGAGUCAGCUUGCCAGAUCGCACCUCCACCAAAGGGAAAUCCAAGGGGCGCCACAUUUGUGGCGAGUGUGGCAAGUCUUACGCCACAUCCUCCAAUCUGAGCAGACACAAGCAGACUCAUCGAAGUCUGGACAGCACGCAGGCCAGGAAAUGCCCCAACUGUCACAAGGUGUACGUGUCCAUGCCGGCUCUGGCCAUGCACAUGCUGACCCAUGACCUGAGGCAUGAGUGCAAAGUGUGUGGCAAGGCCUUCAGCCGACCCUGGCUGCUGCAGGGCCACAUGAGGUCCCACACAGGAGAGAAACCUUUCGCCUGUGCCCACUGUGGUAAGGCCUUCGCCGACCGUUCAAACCUUCGAGCCCACAUGCAGACACACUCUGCCUUCAAGCACUACACCUGCAAGCGCUGCCACAAAAAGUUUGCACUAAAGUCUUACCUUAACAAGCACUAUGAGUCGGCCUGCUUCAAGGGGUAUGGAGGGGAGGAUGACUGCAGCUCCGAGGACUAA